UUGAUUUUACAAAACAUUUAAAAACAUUAAAAAACUAUCUGUCGUGUAACUGUGUGUGAGACAUUUAUGUUCAAUUAUUUAGAUUACCGAUGUUUUUUGAGAAAAAUGUAGAAUAAAACUGUUCUUCUGUAAUCAGCUAGAUGUAUUAAGAAUAAUAUUAUCAACUGUAAUUAUGUGUUCAAAUAUAAAUAAAGUAUUUUUAGUAAAUUUUCUGUGAUCAUUAUCGUGUUCGAUUAAAAUGUCUCCUUCCGACAUCACCUUGAUAGAAAGGCUCCGAAGUGAGAAUUUAGAACAAUAUUUUACCUUAGUUCGGAUGCAUCUAUCUUUUGUUGUAGAUAUAAACACUGACGAUGUUGAUUGUUCAACAGACAAACCAAAGCAGUUCCGAUGGAAUUUUCAUAAGAAAAAUAAGUCCUCUACUACGAGUUCUAGUCAAAAUAAUACAAAUAAUGUAAAAUGUAGUACAGAAAUUAAGUCUAUCACAGAAGAUGGUAUCGCAAGACUGAAUGAGCUGAUAGAUUUUCUAUCGAAGCCAGAAAAUGUCCAGCAAGAAGGAAUAUUUCGAAGAACUGGGUCCCUAAGCCGUCAGCAGGAGCUCAAACAGCUAUUACUAACUGGUUCCAACCUUGGCCUCGAUGCUGGAAAGUUUUCAGUACAUGAUUGUGCAUCUGUACUCAAAGGAUUCCUUGCUGAACUUCCACAACCAUUAUUGAUGGAUCAGUAUUAUCAAACUUACUGUACAUUAGCAGUACAAUACCCCCCAAAUGCUGAGACAUCGGAAACGAAACUUUUGACAGCUCUACAGUUACUACUUCUUCUACUGAGUCCUACGCACCGAAGUUUCUUACAAAGACUACUGAGGCUACUGCGUCUGGUUGCUGACAACGAGGCAGCAAACCGGAUGUCCCCAGACACAUUGGCCACAAUGUUUACACCUCAUCUUUUGUGUCCUAGAAAGCUUUCGCCGGAGAACUUUCACGCAGACGCGAUAGCUCUGUCUCCGGUGAUCAGCUUCAUGAUCCGCGAAUCCCGGCGGGUGUUUGAGGCGCCGCGGCGGCUGGCGACGGACGCGGCCGCCUACUUCACGCUGCGGAGACGACGUGCCAUGUCGCCCGAUAUCAACUUAGACGAUAGCAUCACUGAUAAAACAGCAGCAAACACAGUGUACACAUUUGUGGAUAGGAACAGGACGAAAGCCGAAAACGAAACUAAUCCGACAGACACGGCCCUAGCUCAGCUUUAUGCGCACAUACAAGCAUUGCCAGAUUCGCAUCAAAAGAGACGACUGAUCAAGCAUUUCAACAGGCAAAACGGAUACGGCACACCGAUUCAAAUACAGCGUACCGGUAAAGUGGCAGGCUCCAGAAGUUUUGGUGAUUCGAUCAAAAGACACAUAUUCAAUAAGGGUCUCCUGAAUAAAACGCCAAAGAAAUGCUCCACCGCCAACAUUGAUACCAUAGAAGAGAAAACGGCGAAAGGAAAAAUGCGAUUCGCCGAUGACAAAGUCGACGUCUCACACAAGAACAUCGUUCUAAAGAAUUUAGCCAAUAAAAUCGCCAGUUCCGAGUCAUUGGACGACGACUACCAAUCGGACGUGAGCAACGACAGCACGUUGUCCGAGGGAGCUUUGAGCAAAUCGAAAAAGCUCAGUCCGAAAUUCGUUUCCGAACCGAAUCUGAGCGUUCUCGACGCGGACGAGACGCCGAAAACCGCCAAAAAGCGAUUGUUCCGUUCGAAAAUUGUGACGUCACAGAACAAGAAGUACCAGAAGCGGAACGGGCCCGUCCGCGGCACGCCCACCUGCGUCUCCUGCUUCGACGACCAAGAUACCGGCUCCGAUUUAUCGUGCACAGACACGCCAAAGAAAUCACGACUCUGCGACGAGGAGAUAAAGCACUAUUUGACUAGCACCCCGGGGAUGACAGAGACGGCGUUCGACGGAGAAUGUUCUACUCCAUACACGAUAAACUUUAGGAGGGCUUCAAUGUCGCCCAUAACUAAAUCUACCCAGAAAUUGUCUAAAGCCAUGCAGGAAUCGAUAAUGACACCAAGGUCUCGCAAGCCGCUGAUAAUAACGUCGGAGCAACGUGACAUGCCCGAUACAAACGAGAACAAACCCACGGAUAAAUCCGUUGAAAUAUAUCGUACUAUAGAAAACGAUAUAUCGCCCAAGAACGAUAGUGAUUUUGUCUCUUCCGACGACGACAACGAAAUGUCUAGUUCUAGUUUUUCUUGUGAGCGUUCCAGGUCAAUGCAGUCGAUAAACGGGACACAACCGAGAAAGAAAACUCAUCACGAUAGCCGUUCUAUAUCUCUGGGCGACAUAAGCCCUUUAAGAUGCGAAAAUACAAGAUUCGUAAUAAGCCAAGAACCCACGAGGCAUAUCGAUAAAUCUCUCGACACAACACUGUGCAGCGACGUGGCCCCGCUACCGAAGUUCAAAAUAUCACACGAAAUAACAACAGAUCACAUCACUAAAUCACUAACCGAUCCAUUCAGAGAGUAUUUACUCAGUAGAUCCGUUCUAACCGCCACACCUAUUGACUUAUCGAUAAUAAACAAAUCGAAUGAAAAUGAUGAGAAACUCUCUGAUUCGCUCAUGUACUGCUUAGACGGGAACGUCCCUAGUGAUCUCACGUUGUCCAUUAGCAAUUUGGCGGUCGAUAAAGAUGAUCGAUUACCUAUGAUGAAUAUCGAUACUAAUAUCGAUAUAAGUCCGAAGAGGAAACGUUGUGAUUCUAAUACUUCUGCUGAUGCAAAGAAAGGAAUAAAGAAAUUGAAUGUCGAAAAAGAGAAUAUUAAAGCACACGGCUUACGAGAGACCGAAUUAUAAGUAUUAAUAGAUAAUGAUUCGCUUAUUACCAAGUGGUAACACAGUAAUGUUUGAAAUCGGUUAUAUUAAAGUAUAAUUGGGCUAUAGUUGCAUUGAAAUCGCUUGCUCGUAUCACAAGAUAAUGGUGUACUAUACUCACAGAUACUCACAGAUACUCACAGUUCGUUGCUUGGCUGUUAAACCAAAAUUGUUACUUGAUCAUUGUACCCCAGUGCCUAAACGAAUACUUUAUGUAUCACUAUUUUCAAUGUAUGUAUUAAAAUAUUAUUGUUAUUAAUAAUCCAAUUUGAACUCUAUACGAUAAUGAUAAAGUUCAAAAUGCUGUUUAUAUAUUUUAUAAUACUAAUACUUAGUACUUGUAACUUUUGUUACUAUCGAUGAUUAUGGAAGAAAUAUUGAGGUAAUUAAAAUGUUAUUUCUGUCUUACUUGUCUAUAUACUACGUUUCAAUCUUCUAUCUCUAUCUAAGCUGUUAAAAUUGUUCUUCGUUUUAAGGGUAUCGUUAGAGCCAUCGUAUCGUUUUAAACGUUUCUUGCGUUUUAGUUUUUGCGCGUAACCAACCGUUAUUAUUUUUAUCGAUAUUGUUUGAUAAAUUAAAAUUAUCGAUAAUAAAUGUUAUCAUCGUAUCUUUGUACUACAACUUCCACGCAAAAACUAUUCCACGAGAAAGUUUCAUUGUAAAUUGAAAUGCACAGAAAUGACAACGUAAAUUAAACUUUUGAGAUUCAUCUAAAAAAUAGGGUUGUGAAGAAACUUGUUAAAGAAUUUUUUUUUUCUAUUAUGUACAUAGAUUAUAAUGUUUUUGCGUCUCAAAAUGGUUGUUGUUGACAGUGGCUUAAGAUUGUCUAUGGCGUAACACCGGACCUCUCCUAGUCUAUAGCAACCACAAAUAGGUACGCUCCAGUAUUUUGUCUUAUGAAAACAUCCGACGGUAUUUAUAAUGUAAUUGACGAACGUAUCGACUCGAGAUCAAUCGCAACAUUUGUAAAAUCCAAGCGUGUCGUCAAUUUUGAUCCGUAUUACGAUUGGCGAUACGUUUGAUUUUAGCAAAUCAGCGUGGAUCGCUCGAAGUUAACAAAUCGAUUGGGUCUCGUUUAUGUUCGUCUUGAA